AUGGCCUCAGAGAUCCUCAUGCCAGGCCCAGUGUGCCUCAUUGAGAACAUCGAAGGGAAACUGGGAGUUAAUCAGGAAGCUUUGAAGAUCCUGUCUGCCUUCACCCAGCCCCUUGUCGUGGUGGCUAUUGUGGGCCUCUACCGCACAGGCAAAUCCUAUCUGAUGAACAAGCUAGUUGGAAGGAAUGAAGGCUUCUCUGUUGGAUCCACGGUGCAGUCUCACACCAAGGGAAUCUGGAUGUGGUGUGUGCCUCACCCUGCAGAGCCAAACCAUACCCUGGUUCUGCUUGACACCGAGGGACUGGGAGAUGUAGAGAAGGGUGACCAGAAUAAUGAUACUCAGAUCUUUGCACUGGCAAUACUAUUGAGUAGUACCUUUGUUUACAACACCAUGAACGUAAUUGACCAGAGGGCUAUCGAUUUAUUAUAUUAUGUAAUAGAACUGUCAAAUCAUCUCAGCACAGUAUCCCCACCUGAUCUUGAUGGAGUUGAAGAUGCAGCGGAUGCUGUGAGCUUUUGUCCAGACUUAGUGUGGACUCUGAGAGAUUUCUACCUGUCCCUGGAGGCAGAUGGGAAACACAUCACAGCAGAUGACUACCUGGAGAACUCGUUGAAGCUGAAAGAAGACACUGAUGAAAAUCAUCAAAUUUUCAAUUUGCCCCGUCGUUGUAUUCAGACGUUCUUUGCAAGAAAGAAAUGCUUUGUCUUUGACUCACCCACUCACCGGAAGAAGCUUGCCCAACUUCCGACACUGCAUAAGGACAAACUGGAUCCUGAUUUUGUGCAACAAGUGGAAGAUUUCUGUUCCUAUAUCCUUCACCAUUCCAAGACAAAAACUCUUUCAGGAGGCAUCAAGGUCAAUGGACCUUGUCUAGAAAGCCUGGUGCUGACCUAUGUCAAUGCCAUCAGCAGUGGGAAUCUGCCCUCCAUGGAGAAUACAGUCUUGGCCUUGGCCCAAAUCAAGAACUCCACUGCAGUACAAAAGGCCAUUGCCCACUAUGACCAGCAGAUGGGCCAGAAGGUGCAGCUGCCCACAGAAAACCUCCAAGAGCUGCUGGACUUGCACAGGACCAGUGAGAAGGAAGCCAUCGAAGUCUUCAUCAAGAAUUCCUUCAAGGAUGUGGACCAAAGGUGCCAGAAGGAAUUAGAGACCCUGCUGAAAGGAAAACAAGAUGACUUUCGUAACCAGAACUUGGAGGCAUCAUCAGAUCGUUGCUCAGCUUUACUUCAAGAUAUUUUUGGUCCUCUGGAAGAAUAUGCGAAGCAGCUGGUUUAUUCAAAGCCUGGAGGGCACCGCCUCUUCAUUCAGAAGAGAGAGGAACUGAAGGCAAAGUACUAUCAGGAGCCUAGGAAAGGAAUACAGGCGGAAGAAGCUCUGCAAAACUAUUUACAGUCCAAGGAGUCUGUGAGUGAUGUCAUUCUAUAUACAGACCUGGUUUACACUGCGAAGGAAAAGGAGAGGAAAGAAGCUUAUUUAAAAGCAGAGGCUGCAAAGGCUGACACACGAAUGUUGGAGGAGUUUAAAAGGCACAACCAGCAAAUGAUGGAGGAGAGGGAGAGACAGCAUCAGGAGCACCUGAGACAAUUGGAGAUAAACAGAGAGCAACUGCUGAAAGAGCAACAGAUGGCUAUGGAACGUCAGCUCUAG